AUGCUGCGAGGCAGUGCGUAUAAAGAAAGAAUAGCUCGAAGACAUCCUACCGACUUGCAUGACUGUGUAAAUUUACCUGACUCAUAUCUCUUGAGGACUUGCGGAGUAAACAGAUUAGUAUUUCAUCAGAUUUUAAGAAUAUUGGAACCUAUAGUACCACAAACUCAACGAUCGAAUGGAAUACCUUUUCCUUUGAAGGUUUUAGUAACUCUUUCAUUUCUGGCUAGUGGCUCUCAUCAGAAAUCUGUAGGCAAAGACAACAUUAAUAUUUCCCAGAAGUCAGUAAGUCGCAUCAUCAAGAUUGUAGUCGAGGGUCUUAACAUGGUUCUCAACAAUUAUAUUAUUUUUCCAACUACUAGUGAGCAGAGAGAGGAAAUUAAAGAAGGGUUUUACAGAAAAUAUCAUUUCCCUGAAACUAUUGGCUGUCUUGAUGGUACCUAUGUUGAAAUAGUAUGCCCAAGGGAUGAUGAAGAAGCAUUCUAUGACAGGAAAGGUCAAUACUCUAUAUAUGCACAAAUUAUAUGUGAUGCAGACACAAAAAUAAUAGCAAUAUGCUGCAGAUUUGGUGGAUCUUCUACCAGUGCUUAUAUUUGGAGUAAAAUGAAUAUAAGAUCCUUUGUUGAGAAUAUUAGCAGACAAGGAGAAAUAAGUUGGCUUAUUGCUGAUAAUAAAUACCCUCAAAGACCAUGGCUCAUGACUCCAAUACUACAUGCGCCACAAGGUACUUCAGAUUCUCAAUACAAUCACUUUCAAGGCAGAACCAGAACUUGCAUAGAUAGAUGUAUUUCCAAGCUAAAGGGAAGAUGGCAGUGUCUUCACAAAAGACCACUUCAUUACACACCACAAAGAGCAGCAAAAAUAAUCAAUGCUUGUGCAGUAUUGCAUAACCUUUGCAUCAAAGCUGGGUUACCUGAUCCAGAGCCUUAUAUUGACCCAGAGCCAAUGCCAAUAAUAAAUGAAGUAACAGAUAUGCCAGAUGAUAAUGUUAAUGAUUUAUAUAUUGGGAUUGAAGUGAGGAGACAGCUGGCAGAAAGAAUUUAUUACAGUGUUUGA